AACCGAACUCCACAGAAGAGCAGUCUGACAGGUGCGGUGCGCCCAUCUGCAAGUGAUGAAUGGCCGUAUAGACUUGCGAGGCUGGCACGGCUGGCAAAAGUUUUGAAGCAAUUCCGAUGUUGGUGAGCGCGGACAGGGCAAAGCGGCAGAGCGGCCAGACCGAGGUGUGGAAAUUGCAAAGUGUUCUUGUCCUUGUUGCUGCUCCCGUUCUGGCUCGGUGUGCAAGUCGUCAACGUCAUCGGCCCACCGAAGUGGUAUCGCGUAAAAAACUCUUGGAAGGUGUCUGUGCUGCUUCGAUUAUAUUGGGUUCCGAGGGUCGAACGGCUCGAAAUCAUUUUUCUAACACAAUGCUGUCAAGAAUCUCUUGCUCAGUUUGCAUCUCGCUUGCAGGCGGUUGGCGACCACUUUGGUCGGAGUGUAAUUCACUGUGCUCCACUGCUCCGACCACCAGCGCUCGCGAUGAGUGUCGUCGGCCCAGGCGGCUCAAUUCCCGUCCGGAAGAGCACGGCCGCCGAACCCGGAUCCUUGGGGGCGGGGGCUACAGUACGGCGCGGCCAGCGGCACACUGUCGGCUUCCGAUUGGCCGGGCACAGCGUCAAAAGUCGGAACCAACACGGCGGUUCUCACCACUGUCAACGGUCGACGGCUACACGUGUACGGCUAGUCGCUCGGGGGUUGGGUAGGCGCUGAGGCACUGUAGGGUAGUGCUCUCUCGGUUCACUCCGAGUUUAUAAUUGUUCACUCUUCUAUGGUCUUUUUGGCGGG